AUGGAUCAAAAACUCUUUGCUCGAGGGGUCUUCCCCCUAAGCCUCACAAAAACAAUCCGUCUGAUCAGCUCACUCAUUUACCUUCAACUUCUCUAUGCAAUUUCUCACAUCGCAAAACCAUUCUGGAACUUUGGUCGCGACUUUCCACCAUUCAUUAAAAACAUCGAUAAAACAGAAACGAGCAUCAUCAAUGCCAUCUUCGGUGUCACCCCACUGACACCCUAUAGCUCUACGACAGCAACCGAACGCCAGUGGCGCCUGUCAUCAGGAAACGACCUUUUGAACCACACAGAGUCAAUUCUUGUGGUCCCCCAACGUACUGCAUCAACAGGUCUCGCUUCUUCUGGGCCACAAAUGGCACAGCAGCACCCGGAACCAUCGUCCAACAGAGAUAUCCAGAAAGAGCACGAAAAUGCGGCACCGCCUAUCACUGGCCACUCACGGAUGGGCUCUUCGAUCUAUGAAAACAUGCAGAACAUCAAGUCCAGUACUCGUGGAAGCAUCUCUACAAUCGCCAGCUCGGCCAAAGCGAUCUUUCACCAGCCCGAUACUUCCCAGCCUCUCUCGCCCGUCCUUUGA